GGUCUUGUCAACAUAGCGACCGGAGAAGAGAAGCGGCCUAUCAAAGGCAGGAAAAAGAAUGGCGCUUCCUUAGCUUGAAAGAAGGUAAUUCGCCCUUUACAUGAAAAGAUGGCCGGAAGGAAUGGUCAUGAUGCAGACAAGAAAACUGAAGGUGUUGCUGAGUGUAAGGAAAAGAACACAGAAAACUUAGAAGACGAAGAGAAAAUCGAAAAGAGAGUGCACUAUGAACAGUUGAUUCCAGAAUGUGUUGUGUGCUUGCAGCUUUGCCACCACCCAGUCAAACUGCCAUGCAAUCACAUUUUCUGCUUCCUUUGCGUCAAAGGGGUUGCAGCAAGAAGUCACAGAUGUGCUCUCUGCAGGGCAGAGAUACCAGAUAGCUAUUUUGAGAACCCUAUCGUAGUAGAAGCAAAAGAAGCUGAGGUAGGUGCCUGUAUUGCACCGAAAGAAACUAAUGAUAAGGCAGCUAUAUAUAAAUGGUUCUAUGAAGGGAGAAAUGGUUGGUGGCAGUAUGAGGUGAGAGCAUCAGAUCAGCUUGAACAGGCUUUUCAAGAAGGCAAACAGUCAACAGAAAUCAUAAUUGCUGGGUUUACUUAUAUUGUUGACAUUGAGAACAUGGUGCAGUAUAGAAAGAAUUACCCCACUCGAAGAAGGCGCAUAAAACGAGACAAAGCCCAGGCUGAUAAGAAAGGGAUAGCAGGAUUAAAAUAUGGCAAAGAAAAUCAAAAUGGUGUGCCGGAAAGUCAAGGAACUCUUGACCAAAAAGAACAGCCGAGCACUGAUUCAUCAAAUUCGGAGGGAGAUGUUACAUCAGUGGCUGAGAAGCUAGAGAAAACAUUGUAGAGAUACACUAGUUUGGCUAAGCACUGUAAGAUAUGGUACUUAGUGGGUUACAGGUCCAAUGGUUAAGUCUAAGCAGAGUUGCGAAGUAAAAAGCACCAAAAACAAAAUAUCAGAAGUGCUUUUGAUGACAUAGAAAAAAAGAUUACUUUUUACAGCCAACUUUGUAUUCAGGCAGAGCUUGAACUGGUAAAUUAUGAUUCCUUAUAAACAUUGGUAACUAUGUUAGAAGGAGACAACAAAGAUAUUUGCUAUCAUCUGUUAAUUUCUAUAAUAUAAUAUUGUACAGUGUAGACAGAAGAUAAUUUGACUUGUGUGAGUUGUGAUUC